AUGAUUCACCACUACAGACUCUCCGUCGGGAUCACCUGCAGCCAGAAUGUAGGCCCGUACAUCCCAGCCCAAGUCGUCGUGAUCCGCAACAUGAACACAAACGACAGCAAAUGGUGGACGUGCGUCUGCUUCUCGCGCGUCUGUAUCCACGGCCAGGAAUUCCGCGAGUCGGACUUCCUGCGCCACAUCGACCUAGGCCGCAUCGAGAUCGACCACAUCGAGACCUUUUACAACACAUUGAAGGAAAUGCGCACGGACCCCGAGGAGAUAUUCAUCCUCAGCUUCUUGUGCAAGUUGGCAGCGAGGGGCGUCGUCAAGCAGGAUGCUGUUGAUGCCGCGCUUGACCAGCUCAAGGUGCCCCUAACCAAGGAGCAGGCCAAGCGGGCGAAGACGGCUCUUGAGACGUUCCGCGCUUAUGAUGGCGCUGGGUAUCCCUUUGAUAGGGACUGGGAGUACCUUGAUGAGCCGCUGGAUAGGACGAAGAAGAAUAAGUGGCAUCCGGUUGGCGAGCCGAUUAGUUUUGCGGUUGAGAGGCUGGUGGCUUCUUCUGAUGAGGAUGAGUAA